AUGGCUCCCGCCCUUCUUGCACUGCUUGCAGUCGCGGAGCUUGGCGCGCUUGCCACCGGCUCUUCACCUCCGGAAAACAAUUCAUUCAGGUGCCUUGAUGGUUGCGUCAUCUGGAAUCUCGCCGUGAACGACAACCAGUGCCACUGUGCAGGCUGCGAGGAUGAGGAGAGCUGGGUGUGCACGUCGUGCUCGGGUGGCUGCCCAAGUUCUUGUGGCGACUCCCGAGCUUGCCAAGACGAGAGGCCAUCCUACAAUGCAAGGAGGCUGCAGAUGCAGAGCUUGGGCGGAGCCCUGAUCCUACCCAUCCUCUCGAUCCUACUGGGCGUCGUCUUCAUUGUGGCGGGCGUGGUUUUGUGCAUCCGCAAGCGCCAACAAGGCCCGGCACCGGGACCAGCGGAGCUGGUCUCGGGUCCGCAGCCUACGGUCAUCGGCGGCGCCUAG